GUGUGACGUCGACCUGAACUCUCACAUCAACCUAGCCCGCCUUCUCUAAUCCCACCCUCAUUCACGACUCCAACACGUUUUCGUGGCCCGCUGAUAUAGGGCCGCCCACGAUUUUCGCACGUCUUCAACCUUUAUGGCAAGCGCCUCUGGCGAUCUCGGGCUACGUCCAUCCAACGUCAACCUCAAGAGCCGCAGCACUGGCGAGCUUACCGCCCGCGAUUUCCAAGAAUAUGCCAGCCCAGCGUUCUCGCCUAAUGGCGUCGUCGCCGACGGGCCUCAGUCCGUCGCCGGACUUUCCACGAUCACAGACACCCCCAGCUCCGCGCAGGGUCGCAUCAUCCGUCCGCCCCCAUUCUCGCGCAAGCUAAGAAAGAGCCUCUUCAUCCGUCCAGCGGAGACGCGCGGUGCAGCGCCUGGCUAUCUGCAGAGCGUCAAGUCGGCCCUCGGGUACAGCUGGAUCAACGUGCUCCUCAUCUUCAAUCCCAUAUCCUGGGCUCUGUACUACAGUCACCAGGAGGACGGUGCUGUCUUUGGUACCGCACUGCUCGGUAUCAUCCCCUUAGCAGGCAUGCUAGGACAUGGCACAGAGACCGUCGCGCUUUACACCGGCGAUGCUCUUGGAGGUCUCAUCAAUGCCUCCCUCGGUAAUGCUACCGAAUUCAUCAUCGCCAUCCUCCUGCUUGUCAAGUGCGAAAUUCGCGUCGUGCAGGCCUCCCUUCUCGGCGGGCUGUUGUCCAACCUGCUUUUGGUCACCGGCAUGGCUUUCAUCGUCGGUGGUAUCCGCUUCUCAGAGCAAGAGUUCCGUCAGACCGCUGCCCAGCUGAACACUUCGCUCCUCACGCUCGCUGUCAUCGCCCUGGUCAUGCCGACUGCCUUCGCCAUCGCGCUCGAGCAGGUCGCGGGCCCGGACCAGGAGCGCGACGUCGUGCUGCAGAUCUCUCGCGGGAGCGCGGUCAUCCUGAUCGCGAUCUACAUCAGCUACAUGGUCUUCCAGCUCUACAGCCACACGUAUCUGUACAACCCGGAGAACGACCCUGCGAACGAGAGCUUGCGGUCUUCUUCCUCUUCCUCCAGCUCGUCGCGCUCGUCAAGUUCCUCGAGUUUGCCCUCGCGCUCCCCGAGUCCUCAUCGCGGACGGCGCUACCGCCGGAGAAAGCACAAAAAGGUUUCUUCGGGUAGCGACGCCGACGUCGAGGGUCCAGCCACGCAGCCUGAUGCAGCACCCAUGGACAGCGAGAUCCCACCCGUGCUCGUCGAAGCACCUACAGAUCUCCCGCCCCCGCCCCGCGUCCCGCGUGCACCCCGCCACCGCCCGUCGCGCGCGGAGCGCUGGUCCGCGCCCAACUGGAAGCCUGCGCCUCGCCCGCCACCACCUCCACCGCCGCCUCCGCCCCCGCGCAUGCCCUUGCGUGCCGCGCUCGCGCAGGGCGUCGUACGCCCGAUCCCGCAGACGGCGCCUCGCGGGCGGCAGACGAUGUCGCGCUCGACGACGGCGCAAGGGUCAAAGGGAUCGCGGGCGGCACAGGCGCGCGCGCAGAGUACGAGGAACAGCAUUACCGGGAGCUUGUUGGCGUUCGGGAGCGCGGCGGCGCUGGGUCGGGGGAAUCAGGACCCGAUCGGGGCGAACAAUGCGCGGGUGAAUGAGAAGAAGCAGGAGUUGAGGAUGCGCCCGCAGCCGGAUGUCGAAGCGCAGACGCAAGAUGAAGACUCGGAGAAGGAGACCCCAGAGAUGAAUCUCACGGUGGCGAUAUGUGCGCUGGUGGCAGCGACGGGGUUGACGUACGUCACCGCUGAGGCGCUCACCGACUCGCUCGAGGGCAUCGGUCGGUCCGGAAGCGUUAGCACGGAAUGGCUGGGUCUGAUCUUGCUUGCGAUCGUUGGCAACGCCGCGGAGCACGUCACCGCCGUCUUCGUUGCGUACCGCAAUAAGGUCGACCUCGCGCUCGCCGUCUCCGUCGGCUCGUGUAUCCAGAUCACGCUCUUCGUCAUUCCCAUCCUCGUCCUCAUCGGGUGGAUCAUCAACAAGCCACUUUCGUUGUUGUUCGACCCACUCGAAGUCGUCACGCUCUUCUUGUCGGUGUUGCUCGUGCGCUUCGCGACGGAGGAUGGACGGACGCACUACAUGAGCGGUGUUCUGCUCUUCGGCACGUACAUCUUGAUCGCGUUCUCCUUCUGGUACUACCCCCAGAACGGCACCUCGUUCGCGAGGCUCUUUGAGUGUGAUGCGUAAGUUUGAAGGCGUGGCUUUCGGGAGGAAGGCAGAGGAAGACCAUGCAGAGGCGGUACUUGACACGAAGAUAUGUUUCUUGAGACGACUGCAUGGAAGGCACCGCUCGCCCACGAGCGGUUGCAAGGAAGCAUUCACGCAUACAUACCUAGUAAUAAACUUAACAUGGACAAACAGCAUACAGAUUCACCUUAACGUGCUUCACGUGUUCUCAUAUCUCUUGGGCACUACCAUAAUCUGUAGUAAUGACAUCUUGCGUGGCAUGAA